GAGCUCUAAACCAGGCGCUGCAACUAUCCACCACGCCCGCAAAGGAGGCGGGGCCCGGGAGAGUGACAGGGGCAGUCGAGAUACGGAAACGCGGGCCCUCCAAGACAGGCCAGAGUGGCCUCAUCGGGCCAGCGUGGCUCAGUGGAGAGCUAGAGCGGCCGGCUAGGAGGAGUAGAGUUGCCAAGGCCGGAGAGUGGCAGGAGGAGGGCUAGAGCAGCCAGAGGGAGGAGUGGAGCUGGGCGCUAAGGUGGCCUCUGGCUCGGCUAGAGCGACUCUGCGGCGCGGGUGGGGGAACCUUGGGCUCCGGCGCGGAGGCUUCGGUUCCGGAGGCUGCAGUGGCUUCUCAUCUCAACUGACAGCCCUUGUGGAGUCCCAGAGAUGGAAGAAUUCCCCGGAGGGGCGGCCCCAGGGCCUCCCCGGCCUGGCCUGACGUCCAUCAGCAUCAUCGGGGCUGAGGAUGAGGAUUUUGAGAAUGAGCUGGAGGCGAACUCAGAAGACCAAAACAGCCAGUUCCAGAGCCUAGAGCAUGUCAAGCGUCGCCCAGCCCACCUCAUGGCCCUCCUGCAGCAUGUGGCCCUGCAGUUCGAGCCAGGACCCCUGCUCUGCUGCCUGCAUGUGGAUAUGCUGAGCUCACUGGGCCCCAAAGAAGCCAAGAAGGCCUUCCUUGACUUCUAUCAUAGCUUCCUGGAGAAGACUGCGGUUCUUCGGGUGCCAGUUCCUCCUAACGUCGCUUUUGAACUUGACCGCACACGGCCUGACCUCCUCUCUGAGGAUGUCCAAAGGCGGUUCAUGCAAGAAGUGGUACAGAGCCAGCAGGCAGCCGUGAGCCGGCAGCUGGAGGACUUCCGCUCCAAGAGGCUCAUGGGCAUGACACCCUGGGAGCAGGAGCUGAGCCUGCUGGAGCCCUGGAUGGGGAAAGACCGAAGCAGCUAUGAAGCCCGGGAACGGCAUCUUGCAGAGCGGCUGCUCUCCCACCUGGAGGAAAUGCAACAUACCAUCUCUACAGAUGAAGAAAAGAGUGCCGCUGUGGUCACUGCUAUCAGCCUGUAUAUGCGCCACCUUGGGGUUCGGACCAAGAGUGGGGACAAGAAGUCGGGGAGGAACUUCUUCCGGAAAAAGGUGAUGGGGAAUCGGCGGUCAGAUGAGCCGCCCAAGACAAAGAAAGGGCUGAGCAGUAUCUUAGAUCCUACUCGUUGGAACCGGGGAGAACCACCUGCUCCAGAUUUUCGACAUCUAAAGGUUGAGGUUGAUGCAGAGAAGCCAGGCCCUCCAGACCGGAAGGGAGGCCUGGGUAUGCCUUCUCGAGACAGGACUGUUGGGACUCCUGGGCAAGACAACCCAGGAAUCUCUCUGCAUCCUCUGUCUGUGGACAGCCCCGACCACCGGGAACCAGGUGUGGAUACCCCCCAGGAGCUAGGGAACACACUCCCACAGGGCCCUACGAGCCUGGAGCCCCUGGCACCCCCAGAGAGCACGGAGGAGAGCGCUGAGACAGAGAGAAGGUGGAAGAGGCUAUCAGGGCGUCUGGGGCGCUCAGAGAGCCUCCGGGUGAGUGACCGCCGCCGACCUUCCCGGGGCAGCCUCGGGGCUAAGGGCCGGGGUGGGGGCCGCUCCCGGAGCGACGUGGACAUGGACCCCGGCUCCGCCACGGCUGUGCUUGGCCCUACCCGACGAGCCACCCCUGAGCCUGGAGAUGAUGGGGAACCAGGACGGUCAGGCCUGGAACUGGAACCCGAAGAACCUCCCGGCUGGAGGGAGCUGGUGCCCCCAGACACCCUGCUCAGCCUGCCCAAAAGCCAAGUGAAGCGGCAAGAAGUCAUCAGUGAGCUGCUGGUGACGGAGGCAGCCCACGUGCGCAUGCUACGGGUACUCCACGACCUCUUCUACCAGCCCAUGGCGGAUGGGGGCUUCUUCCCUCUGGAAGAGCUGCAGAACAUCUUUCCCAGCUUGGAUGAGCUCAUCGAGGUGCACUCCCUGUUCCUUGACCGCUUGAUGAAGCGGAGACAAGAGAGCGGCUACCUCAUUGAGGAGAUCGGUGAUGUGCUCCUGGCCCGGUUCGAUGGUGCGGAGGGCUCGUGGUUCCAGAAGAUCUCCUCCCGCUUCUGCAGCCGCCAGUCAUUUGCUUUAGAGCAGCUCAAAGCCAAACAGCGCAAGGAGCCUCGGUUCUGCGCCUUUGUGCAGGAAGCUGAGAGCCGCCCGCGAUGCAGACGCCUGCAGUUAAAGGACAUGAUCCCCACUGAGAUGCAGCGGCUGACCAAGUACCCACUGCUGCUGCAGAGCAUUGAGCAGAACACAGAAGAGCCUGCGGAACGGGAGAAAGUGGAGCUGGCAGCUGAGUGCUGCCGUGAGAUUCUGCACCACGUCAACCAAGCUGUUCGUGACAUGGAGGAUCUGCUGCGGCUCAAGGAUUACCAGCGGCGCCUGGACUUGACUCACCUACGGCAGAGCAGUGACCCUAUGCUAAGCGAGUUCAAGAACCUGGACAUCACUAAGAAGAAGUUGGUCCAUGAAGGCCCACUGACAUGGCGGGUAACCAAAGACAAGGCUAUAGAGGUCCACGUGCUAUUGCUGGACGACCUGCUCCUGCUGCUGCAGCGUCAGGAUGAGAAGCUGCUGCUCAAGUCACACAGCCGGACGCUCACCCCUACGCCUGACGGCAAGACCAUGCUGCGGCCUGUGCUCCGGCUCACCUCAGCCAUGACCCGAGAGGUGGCCACUGAUCACAAAGCUUUCUACGUCAUUUUUACCUGGGACCAGGAGGCCCAGAUAUAUGAGCUGGUGGCACAGACAUCGUCGGAGCGUAAGAAUUGGUGUGCCCUCAUCACUGAGACUGCUGGAUCCCUGAAGGUCCCUGCCCCUGCCUCCCGCCCCAAGUCCCGGCCCAGCCCAAGCAGCACCCGAGAACCCCUGCUAAGCAGCUCUGAGAAUGGCACUGGAGGCCGAGAGAUUCCUCCAGCUGAUGUCCGGACAGAGCGCAUCCUCAGUGACCUCCUGCCCUUCUGCAGACCAGGCCCAGAGGGCCAGCUUGCUGCCACAGCCCUUCAGAAAGUGCUGUCCCUGAAACAGCUCCUGUUGCCUGCUGAGGAAGACGGUGGACUGGGGCCUCCCCGGGAUGGGGAGGAGGUGCCUGGUGGUGGUCCCCGAGGCCCAGCGCAGAUUCAGCAGAUUCAGGAGAACCUGCUCAGCCUAGAGGAGGCUGUCAAGCAGCUAGAGGAGUUAGAGGAGGAGCUUUGCCGCCUGAGACCCCUCCUGUCUCAGCUUGGAGGAACUCUGGCGCCCAACCUGGCUGCACCAGAGCGCUCUGUUCAGACGGGCCUUUCCUGAGAGAGGAUCUCCCACCCCCACGGCUGCCGCGGCGUCUUCUCACACCCCAGAGGCCUUGAGGAGAGGGACCUGCCGGAGUCCUGCCUCCCACACUGGCCUCUGCCUUUCUCCCUCCUGCCUUUGCUUGGAGGACUCAGGGCUUCACCCCCAGAGUGCCACCAUAAUCCACACUUUUCAGGCCAUCUCAGUAUUGCCUGUGAGGGGGUUACCCCUCCUUCCCCACCCCAAGUGCCUUUGCUCUGUUUUUGUAUCCUGAAUUGGAGUUUUAUUUUUAAUAUAUAUUAUCUAAGGAGAA